AUGAUUUCUUCUGACAAGAUGGGUGAACCUACCGAGGACUAUCUGUUUGAUGAUACCCUUGGCAAAGAAACAACUAUCUAUGUCAUUGAUACAGGUUUCGAUACAUCAAAGCCGGAUUUAGCAAGCACAGACCGAAAGGUGGAGACUUAUGUUGUCCCUAAUGAUCUGACGCUUUUGGGUGUCCCAAAAAAUCAGCGAAAGCCAGAAGACCUCACCGAUUGGGGUCGCCAUGGAACCUCAGUCGCCUCCGUUGCUGGAGGCGUAAUCCGAGGAGUGGCCUCCAAAGCGGAUCUGUACCUGGUAAAAUACAAGAGUGCAUACGACAAGCCAGACGCGAAUGGCAAUGUUAAAGAGGAACGCAAAAAUGCACCACUCGCUGCGAUGGAAAAUGCCUUUAUUAAUGUUAUACACCACAGAAAGAAUUCGAAUCAAGGAAAGGCGAUUGUCAAUAUGUCAUGGGGUUCAAAGGUUUCGGUCAAGGACUUCGCCGCUCGAAAGAAAAGUCUCGAAGAUUUUAUUUCAGAACUAGAGCAGCUUGAUGUGGUGGUGGUUAUUGCAGCGGGGAAUUCAAAUAAGGAAAAACUUGAAGAGCGCAUUCCACAGAGCAUGGGCACAGAUUCCAACAGUAUUAUCACUGUCGGUGGUGGAUCUCUGACUGGAUUUGCGCAGUCGGAAAACCUCGAAAUGGACGUUCCUUUUGUGGGAGUGAGAAAGGUUCACGGGACCAGUUACUCUGCUCCAGCUGUCGUAAGUUUUCGCAAAUUCCAGACACUUACAAUGAGCUUUGGGAUAGUGCCAAUAUGA